AUGUCUCCCUACUCUGUCACCCUCAAUCCUGACAACUCGUGGCCCGAGCCGCUGAGCGAGCUCCCGCUCAAGAUCCACCCCUCAAUGGCCGGCAAACUCGACCCGCAGUACAUCAAGUUCUUUGAGGAAGAACUGUGCAACAGGCCAGACAUUCUUGAGACGCACAAGUUCCCGCUCGAAAAAACCAAAGCCGGUGGAAACGUGAUCCCCGGGCAGGCUCCUCCUAAAGAGAUGGCGCAGAUCUACGAUAUUCAAAUCCCUCGAAAAUACACCUCGGCAGAGAAGCCGAUCCCGGCCAGGGUAUUUAUCCCCCAGGGCACCAGGCCCGCCGCGGGCUGGCCAUGCACGGUGUGGUACCACGGUGGCGGCUGGGUUCUUGGCGGCAUCGACACGGAAAACUCGUACUGCACGCAUUUGGCCGACAAGGCUGAAUGUCUCGUCAUCACCGUCGACUACCGACUGGCUCCCGAGUUCCCGUUCCCUGCUUGUGUUGAGGACGCGUUUGAGGCCCUGUUGUACGUGAUGGACACCAAAGAUCUCCCUAUAGAUAAUACAAAAGUCUGUGUUGCCGGAUCGUCUGCUGGCGGCAACCUGGCUGCCAUUAUGACGCAUAAGUACGCCAGCUCUGCUGUGAGCGAAAAGUACCCGCCGCUGAAAUUCCAGGUGUUGGUUGUCCCCGUGACAGACAACUCGGCGACGAGCGAGACACAACCGUCCUGGAGAGAAAACGAACACACUCCGCAGCUGCCUGCUGCCAAAAUGCUCUGGUACCGUCAGCUGUAUCUGCCUCUUGCGGGAGAGACGCUAACGACUCCUGAGUCGAGCCCGCUGUUCUACCCGGACGAGAGCUUUAAGAACGUUCCGUCGGCUUUUAUUGCGGCCGCCGAGUGCGAUGUGCUGCGGUCGGAGGCCGAGGCAUAUAACGAAAAGCUGCUAAAGAACGGUAUUGACAGCAAGAUUAUCAUUUAUAAAGGGGUGCCGCACACGGCCAUGGUGAUGAACGCGCGGCUGCAACAGGGGGCCGACCUCGUGAGAGAUACGACAGGGGCGAUUAAAAAUGCGUUUUAUGCGUGA